AUGUCAAAGAGGGAACACGGUGAAGAGGACGACGAGUCUAUCAAGAGACAAAAACAGGACGAUAACAUUGAUGCUGCGCUUUUGAACGAAGGUGAAGCACAGAGUGGCUCACAACAGUACGAGACAGCAGCUACAGCUGCUGCUGUUGCGCAUGCAGCCUAUGGUGAUUUGAUUCAACAUCCUGGUGAUGAGGGCAAGUCAGGUGGUGCCGGUGACGAUGACGAUGACGAUGAAGGUGCAGAGAAUCACGGAAGUGCUGGUGUGCAUGCGCAUACCGGUGCUGAAGGUGGAGCUGGUGACAACGAAGGUGGUGAAGACGAAGAGGAAGAUGAGGAAGAGGAGGAGGAUGUCGAUGACCAAAUAAAGGAUCCAGACCACGUUCCUGAGGACGAUGAUGAUGAAAAUCGCGGUAAGCAAUCACACAGACGUAGUAGUGGAUCUAUCAAGAGUGGUCUUGGUGGUAACACCUCUGCACGUAGUGGUAGUGGGUCUGCAGAUGUAGACUUGGAAGAUGCAGCCGGCGCUGAUGACGAUGUCGACGAUGAUGAGAAGAAGAUGUUUGCAAGGCGUGCAAGACGUGCUCCAGCAGCUACGGGCUCAGAUGAAUGGAGGAAACAGCGUAAGGAUUCUCACAAGGAAGUGGAAAGACGUCGGCGUGAAAAUAUCAAUACUGCAAUUAAUAAGUUAAGCGAAUUGCUACCUGUUAAAGAGUCUAGUAAGGCGACAGUACUGGCGAGAGCAGCUGAAUAUAUCCAAAAAUUGAAAGAAACUGAAAGUGCAAAUAUUGACAAAUGGACUCUACAGAAAUUACUGAGUGAACAAAACCAAUCAAGACUGUCGACUGCCAAUGAAAGGUUACAAGACGAAUUAGGUAGAGCCUAUAAAGAAAUUGAAUCCUUGAGACAAAAGCUAAAGGAGGCUGGAAUUGAGGUGGAAACGAGUAACGAGAACUGA